AAUUACAAAUUUAUAGCAGAAAAAUCACGAAAAUGUUCGUUCUUUCGCGGACUCUAUGUUAAAAAUCGCCAAGGUUUUGAGGAAACUGACAAAGAUGUUCGUCAAUGUGUCCACCACUUAAAACGUGAAAAUGUAAUUCCAUUAACUUUGCUUGGCCAUACUGUUUUCCUGCAAAUAUCCUUUUGAAGAAAGAAAUGGCUGGACGUAUUAACGAAGGUGCUAUCGUAUCCAAAGAGGAAGAAAAUGAAACACCUCGAAUUAAUAAUUUUGCUCAAAAAUUUCUUGCUGAUUUAGACGAAGAGCGUGCACGGCUUGGUGCCGAAUUCCCGUUGUGUGCUUUGUUAAUUGACGAAGCUUUUGAGCGCGUUUAUUCAACUGGACGUAUUCCUGGUAGAGAGUAUUAUGCAGAUGUAUACCAACAAAAACCAAUUAAAGUUACGCAGAAAGUUUUUGUGCCUGUUAAACAAUUUCCGAAGUUCAAUUUUACUGGAAAAAUUCUGGGACCCAAGGGUAAUUCUCUGCGACGCUUACAGGAUGAAACUCAAUGUAAAAUUGUAAUAAAAGGUAGAAACUCAAUACGAGAUCGCGCAAAGGAAGAAGAAUUGCGUGAAUCGGGAGAUCCACGCUACGCACAUUUGAACAAAAGUCUAUAUGUGGAGAUCUGUACAAUAGCACCACCAGCGGAAUGCUAUGCAAGAAUUGCUUAUGCUUUAGCUGAAAUACGUAAAUACCUAGUACCAGAUAAAAACGAUGAUGUUUCGCACGAGCAGCUGUUAGAACUAAUGGAAAUAGACCCAAAAUCGGCAAAGCAGUACACAAAGUCUAUACUUGAUAAAAAAAUGACUCCUGGGCCGAGUUCAUCUAAAUUUUUUAAUCUUAUUCGCCAUGGAAAUCAACAGGAGAUUUAUCAAAAUGAAGAGUGUGAAGAGGAAAUUUACGAAUAUGAAAGUCAUGCUCCAAAGAGAGCUCCCCCUAUCCAAACUUAUGAGUAUGUAAAAGCGCCUUAUAAACGUCCACCUGCCACAAUAUAUGGAACAGAAUUAAAACGUACCCGCGAUACAACUAUUAAAUCGUAUAAACCACCUUCAUUUGGGAUAAUUAAGAAAUAUAAAUAAAAAUAUGUUAUCAAAAUUAAAAAUUAGUUAUAAAAAUAUGUUGAACUAAUCGAAUUCCAACCUAUAACAUGUAAUUAUAUAAAGUACACAGGAAAACAUGACUUACAAUACCAAUUACAUAUAUGAUGAACCACUUGAAAGUGGACAUAAUAUAUCUAAAUACAAAUUAACAUUGAUAUAAACGAGAAAUAAAAAAAAGUCAAUGUGGAAAAUGUAAAUCGUAAUCCUCUAAUAUAUAAUAUUUAGAUCACAUAACCUCUACAUAUAAAAAUAUUCAUUUGACAUAAAUAUAUCGAAAGAUGCCUAUUUUUAUUAUAUUGGAUAUAUACCUACUAAGCCCA